CUGUCCAUGAAGAAGACAGAGAUCGCAUUUACUGCGUGAACGGAAGAGGAACGAGCGUUCGAAGAGGUGCAGCAGCAGCUCGUCCGGGUUGAACCGUCGCCGGAAGACCGUCGCUGGAAGAUCACUCCGUGGGAGGAUCAACGGGAGGCUCCUUGUUUGAUCGGCGUCGAGCGGCUACGGCAGGCCGACAGGAUUUCAUGUUCACGAAUUUCAGUAAACCAGGGUCGGGAUUGGAGAUAGACAAGAUGGACCAACAGUAUUGCCUACGGUGGAACAAUCAUCCAGCCAACCUCACAGACGUUCUCAGCUCCUUACUUGCCAGAGAGGCACUCUGCGACGUAACCCUGGCGUGUGUUGGAGAGACAUUCAAGGCACACCAGACGAUACUCUCUGCAUGCAGUCCAUAUUUUGAGAGCAUUUUCCUCCAGAAUACCCAUCCCCAUCCAAUUAUAUUCCUGAAGGAUGUCAAUGACACGGAAAUGAAGGCAUUGCUGCACUUUAUGUAUAAGGGAGAAGUUAACGUUAGUCAGCAUCUACUACCGAUGUUCCUUAAAACAGCUGAGGCAUUACAGAUUAGAGGCCUCACUGAUAAUAGCACUGUAAAUAACAAGGCAGAAGAGAAAAGUCCAUCGCCAGAACCAGAAACACAAACUGGCAUUAGGCAUACCGAAUCGCCUAGCCUUCAACCUCUUCCUGAAAAGAGGAAACGGAAGGCUUCUGGCAGCUAUGAUGUUUCUCUUAGUGGUCCUCCCAGUGAACGGUUCAUGUCAGAUUCUCAGGCAUCCUCACAAUGUAGUUACAAAUCAAGCCCUCCCGUGAUUCCAAAGUUAAAUAAUGCCAUGGGAGGUGAGAUGGAAGAUGGUGGUCGACCUAUGUCUCCUGCAUCACAGCCGCAACCUUCUAUCAAGCAAGAAUUAGAUCAUCACUUACCAGACUUCCAUGACAACAUUUCCCUCCCAGGUCAUCCGGUUGGACUGCUAGGAGAAGAAGGAGGGGCUACAACAGGCACGCUAAGCGAUGGUGUCCCAGGAAUCGAAUCGUCUGAACACCAUAAUCCCCCAGAAAUGCUCGACGGACUCGACGGUACGAUGCCCAGCGUGCCGGUCGGUCUCUCCUAUCACGAGAUGUUCGCCGUGUCCCUCGGUUCACCAGCCCUGUGGAGAUGCCGAGCCUGCGGCAAACAGGUGACCAAUCGUUGGCACCACUUCCACAUACACACGGCCCAACGGUCCCUCUGCCCUUAUUGCCCGGCUACCUACAGCAGGAUCGACACCCUUCGCUCGCACAUACGCACCAAGCACCGGGAGAUAGUGUUCGCUAAAGGUUCCUUGUAGAAGACGCUGAUUGCCCCGCGGAGGAAACGGCCACCGCCACUUCCGCCACCCCGUCUGUUCGACGGCAGGCCUAUCGCGCCUUUCUUCGGCUUCGGGCUGCCCUGACCGAGCCUAGAUGCUCGUCAACGAGCCUAUGCCUACGAGGAGAACGCCUAAACCAGACCCACCCAUCGUUUCCCUAACAAAUUCCUCAUAUUCCCUACCGGUGAAUUUACAUCGUACCACGCUGGCAAUCUCGAGGCUCUUGAAGCAACCAAUCCCAACGGGAUGAUCCCGUGUAACGGGAUACACACGGCUUGGUCGGUGCCAGGUCGGAAAGUUACGGAGACCGCGUUUUGACUUCACGCUUCAAGUACUUCGAGACACACGGUUCACUGAUUCGGAACCCGUCUCCUAGGGACCUCCAGUUCCGAGCCACCAUUCCAGCCAGCUUUUUAUUUAACGCUAUACUAAAAUGACUUGGUCCGGUCAAAGAUAUAAAGGUCAGAAAGAUUCACCAAGUUUUUAUUGCAAUUCAAAUAUAUAUCACGGGUCUGGUACAUAGCGAUCGACAGGAUCGUUCCCUCGUGACACUUUGGCUCGUGGUGGGACAAUUGCCUGCAGAUCUGAAAAGGACGCGAUUCGCGGGGCGAAUUCAUGCAACGAAUGGCCUGAAAUAAGUGUCAGCGUGAAUCGGUUUCACCAGGAACAGGAUGGAAGAUCAGGUGCGAAGAGGAUCGCGUGAGGACAAUCGACGGUGCAGUGUUAGCCCAUAUUCCUUGGACGGUAUGUUGGACUUGUACCUCUUCUUCGCGUGUAAACGAUCGUACAAAUCGGUGGACACCGAAACUCGCUAGGAUUCGUGUAAAUAGUAACGGGGGUAUCGUAGACUGGCUCGUUUGGACCUUACUCGCGAACGUGUUGACUCUUCGUCCUUAUCUUCUCUUGGUCGUGUGAAAUUGAAGGAGGAGGAGGAUGGGUCCGGCGAGCUUUUAACUAACGGUCUAAUUCUUUACGCAAUGGAAGGCUGAAACGCGCGCUGUGAUUAUUGAACACCGAAAACUCAAAGGGUACUACGAAUUAUAAUCGCUGUUCACGUUUACGUGUAUCUUAAUGUUGCUCGUUUUACAAUCAGCAAACGAACCCGAAGAGAGAGACGACACGAGGUCCACGGGUGUUAAGUGUCGACAGUAUUGCGUGCAUGUGCGAUGUCCAUAGCAACAGAGUUGUACAUAACUGCAAGAGGGUCCUGGAGAUCUCGAGCUAAAGGCACGCGUCUUCGAGGAAGGUCCUUGAAGCUCGAGGAUCUUGGACCUUCGCGUUCGUGUAAUUACAUUUCUCUUUGGACCAAUACUCUUCGUCUAUUAAAGUAAUCGUUGUCGAGGCUCGUUCAAGUACCUAAGAAAUCUUCGAGCGUGUGGUUCCUAGCUAGGUCAAGUCAGCCGCGGAACUUAUGUGAUACCGAUAAUUAGGCUUUUAAUUGCAAAGAAUUAUGGCGCAGGAAGGGGAUCUUUGAAGCUGAGACUAUGGCUCUUCGAUUUCGAGCUUUUGGAAAAUAGAGUUCUCUUUGUAGGGUGAUCGAUAUGGUUCUUCAGCUUCAAAGUAUGCCGUUCUUGGGUCAUUUGAAGAGUUCUCUGUUCGAUGACGCGGUAGGGUCAUGGCUGAUCCAGAUCGUCCCAUUCUGGCUGAGAAUGGACAUCGCUGUAAAUAAGUAGCGCGAUGGAAGAGUGGAGGAUGCGGUAUUGCCUCUCUAAAUGGUGGGAAUUAGGGGUGCACCUUGUCGAUUAGAAAGGUUUAUAUUUCUCCUCUUUUUAUUUUUUUAUUGAUUGUUGAAGAACUGUACAAUUUUUAACCCAUCCAUUCCAGAUUUGGGACAAAAUAUAAUUUGAUAUUUUAUCAUAAAAUCUCUGUAUUUCAGUUGUCAAAAAUUGUACUAUCAUUAACAAAUUUUUAUUAUAAUUAUAUUUUAUUAGCUUCCAUUUGAUUUUGCCAUAAAUGGGUUAAGAAUUUCUCGGUUCACCUUUAUGAUUUCGAAAAUUUUAAGAAUUUUUUAUUAUUAAAUUUUGAAGCUCAUAUACCCAAGAGGCUGCCCAUUCGACUAGAGUACAAUGGUCUCCUAUCACUUUGUUAGUGAACCAUAGCCUCUGUACCCUUAUUGAAAUUUUUAUGAUACUUUUAAUAGAAUCAUCAAAUUGCAAAUUUGUCCACUUUGGAGAGGCAUUACUGUUAAAGAAACAUCCAAGCGUGGAGUGACGACUGAUCGUCGGACUCUUGCACACGACCAAAAUGGAACCAGAAUACACACAUCCAUAUGAUAAACACGCAUUACCUAUACGCAUAAAUCUAAAUAUGGAUCUAUAUAGAUAGAUAGAUAGGUAGAUAUAUAUACGUGUACACAAAACCGCACGUCGGUGGCCUGACGCGAUAGAAAUCGCAGCUUCGUGUAAGACUGUUUGACUUCCUGGCUGUAUCGACGCUACCUAAAUCGAUACUACCGAGCUGAGGUAUCGAUAGGUAAAUAUACGACCAUCAGAGACAGAGUAAAUGGAAAAUCGACAAAAGGUACUUUUACUUUUCCAAGCGAACUGUCUUAUUGUAAGUAAUUUUAUGAUCAUUUAUGAUUUUAUAUAGUGUUCUGUGCUGUGUAGAUCAUUGGUGAUCCGAAGUAUUUAAUCCUUUAAUUGAGGAUGACGAGUUAACUCGUCAUAGGAAAAUGCUCAUAGAAAAAUUUUUAUUUUAUAAUAAUGAUCUUUUUAAAAGAAUGAAAAAAUUCUUUAUUUUAGUUGAUAAUAAUGUGGACAUUGGAGAUUUUCCAUGGCACGGAACGUACUAAAAGUUAAAGCAUAUUUAUAGAUAUUUUGAAAGUUGGUGAUCGAUGAAACUAAUGAGAAUAUCUUCGUGAAACAUUUUUACUCACUUUUUCAUUUUUCGACGGAAAUUGAUGGAUCGCUUCUAGUUUAACUCGAAGUUUGGUCUUCAGUAGUGAUAUAACAGUUUUACAGUAUUUUUUUAUGCUUUACUUUUUAAUUAAGAAUGAUUGAUGCUACUUAUGUCACGCUAUCAGCAGUAAUUUAAUCUUUAACCAUAAGGUAUUUAUAUCCUUCUGAAAUUAUAAAAGAUUGGUCAGUGCUUGUCUUCAUGAAAAUUAUAAUAAUUAAUUUUUUAUUUUAACAAAUCAGUAUUUUUGAUACUAAUUACAAUUGAAAAAUUAAUAAUUUUAUUGCAUACGUUAUAAGAAAAGUUUCCAAAAAUAAUUUUCCUACGAUAUAAAAAGGAAUCUAAAAUGACAAAACUCGUUGAUUAAAAUCAGCAACCAUCAAAGUAUUAAACGAAAAUUCUUAUAAUUUUCUUUCUAGAAAAUUCAAGCCACUUAUUUACAAUGUAGAUUAGAAUUUUAUCAAGCAGCUCAUUUCUGAAAUUUCGUUGAGUCGUUCAAUUUUGAAACGCAUUGAAGUAUGUUUUAACUAACGCGGAAGGAAUUUCAGUCUUACUGGUUGAAAAUAGAGAAGGAAUUUCACUUCAUUACGAGUAGCUCGUCAGAGGCAGAUGCAUAAAGCGAGGUAAUUUACUUCCAUUUCUCUCAACGAGAGAUUACUCUGUCUCCUUAAACAAGUAGAAGAUCACUCUUUUUUUUGCCACGAUUUUUCUUCGUGUUUGUUGUUCACUGAAUCACAAGAUGUUUCGUGGCCAAAGAGAAUUUCUCUUCUCUUUCAUCUCUUUAUUCCAUCUUACGAAUUCAUCAAUCUUCAUCCUCUACCAAAUCCUUUUGUUCUUCAUUAUUUCUGUGGCCAUAUUUUUAGAAUAGGAUCUCUUAUCUAAUACUUUGCAGUGAUCUAUUUUUUAUUCUGAUUGUUUUAGGGUGAAUUUUUAUUUGGAAAAUUCUAACUUUAUUUUUAUAUUUUCCAAAUUUAAUUAAAAAUUUUUUAUACUAUUUCCUUACAUGUUAAUUUUUUUCAAUGUACGAAAAUUUGAGUAUUAAUGAAUUAAUAAUUUUGAGUUAUUAUUUUCAAAAUAACAGAAUUUUUCCAAGGAAGCACACAGUAGUCACGUAUUUGCAUCCAUUCUGUUGGAAUAAAUAGAAUGAAAAAAGGAAAGAGUUUGAACUAUUUUCCUGAGGGAAGAGACGAAAGUCUUUCGACUACGUCGAUCAAGUUUCAGAUAAAAAUUUCCUCCUUUUCAUCGUCGUUGGAGAAGUUCUGGAACGAUUCUCUCCGAUCAUCGAACACAGUAAUUUCGAACGAAUUAUUUCUCGUCGUUCGCUUUCGUGCAAUUUCUUCCAGGGUAUCGGGUUUUCUUUUAAAUUUUCCACCGGUUCUGUAUCGCAAAGUUCGAGGCGCGAUGGUCUCUUUUUAAUGAGAAUCAAAGGGCCCUUGCUGGAAUGAAAUAUGGAAUUUUGCUGGAGAUUAAUCGCACCACUCUGCUCUCUGACGCACUCUUCUAUUUAAAUUAUGCCAUAGUCUGAUAUAAUUAAGUUAUUCUCUACGGUGUGCUGCAUUUUUGAGGUGCAAUAGUAAAUAAAAUGCUGGAGAAUAAUUUCUUUGCCGAUGACUUAACGUCACUAUUAAGAAAAUCAAUUUUAUUAUAAUUUUUUUUUUUUUAAUUGUCAAAAAUGAAAUUUAUUUG